GAGAAGCCGCCUGCAAUCUCAGUCAACCAAGAGACGCCGUCUCGCGUGGAUCAACAGGUGUUGUUACCCGUGCAAAACGCAUUCACCAGCAUGGGAGCCGUGUACGCUUGUUCUCUGGUGGCCAUGUUAUCCGUACUUCUGACGGUGGAAGCUGGCGACUUGAUGCGAAAGAGCAUCGUCUUCGACAAGAACACCCCGGACGUAUUCUACUGUCCUCAACAGAAGCCGACUGGUUUCGAGAAAAUGAUCGUUAAUGCGAAACCGUUGUCCAGGCUUUGCCAAUUCGAGGGUAAACCGAUACCACCCGAUUACAAAAGCGAUUGCUACAACGACGUGGACGAGACCGAAUACGCCUGUAAAGAGAAAUAUAGAAUUAUGAAGCGAUUCAGAAAUAUGGAAGGGGACGUGAAAGCUACGGAUGACUUCGCCAAGAAAUAGAUGAGAAAAUUGUUGCUGCACGGCCGAGCCACGCGUGCAAUUUUGCAAUGAUCAUGCCGGCUCCUCCACUAAUGCUCAAGCUUGCAACCACCAGUCCUAUAAUUAUAAACCAAAUGUUUUUUUUCUGUACACGUUUAGACAAUUAACUGGACAAUUCAUACAUAUGUUUAGCAGUAAAAUCCCAUUUAUUAAAGUCCCUUCAAUAAUGUUUAAAUAAAUGGAAUUCUACUGUAUAGUUUUAAAGAUAAGCGACUCUACGAUUGUAACAGUAUUAGAAUUUUUAUAGAGUUUAUACCUUUUCUAACUUGAGAUUGAACGUCAAGUUUGUAAUUCAAAAUUUACCGGUGCUAUGUAGUUUCCAGGUUUGGUGCCGAAAUUUAUAGAUUAGAUUCUUUUUUUUUUGUAACAAUAUUAAUAAAACUAACAGACAACGGA